CCGAGAGGUCGCGACACGUUCUCGUUCUCCCGACUGCGGUUCCUACUCGAGUCGCAAAGCACCGACUUCAUGGCAUCGCCGGAGCCGCGCAAGAAGCCGAACCCCGGACGCGGUGGCGUCUCCAUCCCGCUGGGGAUCUCCGAGGAGGAGGCGCGCGUCCGCGCCAUAGCCGAGAUCGUAUCCGCCAUGGCCGAGCGCUCCCGCCGCGGCGAGAGCGUCGACCUCAACGCCCUCAAGUCCGCCGCUUGCAGGAAAUACGGCCUUGCCCGCGCCCCGAAGCUUGUCGAGAUGAUUGCCGCGGUACCCGAGGCGGACCGCGACGCGCUCCUCCCAAAGCUCCGCGCCAAACCCGUCCGCACCGCCUCCGGCAUCGCGGUCGUGGCGGUCAUGUCGAAGCCGCACCGGUGCCCCCAUAUCGCCACCACUGGGAACAUAUGCGUGUAUUGCCCUGGUGGUCCUGAUUCGGAUUUUGAGUACAGCACGCAGUCAUAUACUGGCUAUGAGCCUACCAGCAUGAGAGCCAUCCGAGCCAGAUACAAUCCAUAUGUCCAAGCUAGAAGCAGAAUAGAUCAACUGAAAAGGCUAGGUCACAGUGUGGAUAAGGUUGAGUUCAUCUUAAUGGGAGGGACUUUUAUGUCACUGCCUGCUGAUUAUCGUGAUUAUUUUAUUAGAAAUCUUCAUGAUGCUCUAUCAGGACAUACUUCUGCCAAUGUUGAGGAGGCUGUACGCUAUUCAGAGCAUGGGGCAACUAAAUGUAUUGGCAUGACAAUUGAAACGAGACCUGAUUAUUGUCUGGGACCGCAUCUACGUCAAAUGUUGUCUUAUGGGUGUACCCGUCUUGAGAUAGGGGUUCAAAGCACGUAUGAAGAUGUUGCUCGUGACACAAAUAGAGGCCAUACAGUUGCUGCUGUGGCUGAUUGUUUUUGCUUGGCUAAAGACUCUGGUUUUAAGGUUGUUGCUCACAUGAUGCCUGAUCUUCCAAAUGUUGGAGUUGAAAGAGAUUUGGAAAGUUUUAAAGAAUUUUUUGAAAGCCCAGCUUUCAGGGCGGAUGGUCUUAAAAUCUACCCAACACUUGUGAUUCGAGGAACUGGCCUUUAUGAAUUAUGGAAAACUGGCAGGUAUAGGAAUUACCCACCAGAGCUCCUGGUAGACAUUGUUGCAAGGAUUCUAUCAAUGGUACCACCGUGGACACGUGUUUAUAGAGUCCAAAGAGAUAUCCCUAUGCCCCUUGUUACUUCUGGAGUUGAGAAAGGAAAUCUACGUGAGCUUGCUUUGGCACGGAUGGAAGAUUUAGGCUUGAAAUGCCGAGAUGUUAGAACACGUGAAGCUGGCAUACAGGACAUCCACCACAAAGUUAAGCCUGAUGAAGUUGAGCUUGUGCGGCGUGAUUAUGCGGCAAAUGAGGGCUGGGAGACCUUCCUGUCAUAUGAAGAUACACGUCAGGAUAUUCUUGUUGGUUUGUUGCGUUUGCGUAAAUGUGGACGCAACACAACAUGCCCUGAACUUAUGGGGAGGUGCUCAAUCGUUCGUGAACUUCAUGUCUAUGGAACUGCAGUCCCUGUGCAUGGGCGUGAUGCUGAUAAGCUGCAGCAUCAGGGUUAUGGGACACUCCUGAUGGAAGAAGCUGAAAGGAUUGCUCUGAGGGAACAUCGGUCGACAAAAUUAGCUGUAAUUUCGGGUGUCGGAACACGCCAUUAUUACAGAAAAUUGGGGUAUGAACUUGAAGGUCCUUACAUGGUAAAAUAUGUAACAUAACGGCAUGAAAAUACACAUGUAAACUUCAUCAGAGUUUGCAAGUUAAAAUCAACAAGCUUGUGAGAUUUACUGGCAACUGUUGUUCUUGCCAUUCUGUAUGUUUGUGCAUCCUGAACACAACAGUUCUUUUUUAAUCUGUCACAAAUUCAGUGUC